GCCCCGGUCUAUUCAGCUAUUCUUCUCGUGCUCCCACCUCUCUCUCUCUCUCUCUCUCUCUGCUUACCUCAACUUGGGGAACGCGCACGGCCGUUCCACAUACGCCGAGACUCCGACAGACUCAGCUCCCAGGGUUCUGUUCCUUUCCCCCACAAUCGUACGCUUCCGCUCGAAGCUUCCGCCAUGAGCGAGGACGAGGCUGAGAGCUCGAGCUCCGGCGCGGCCGCGAGCGAACCCAAGGAUCCGAGAACGAUCGCUCGCAAAUAUCAGCUGGAUCUUUGCAAGAGGGCAGUCGAUGAGAACAUCAUAGUGUAUCUUGGAACGGGAUGUGGGAAGACACACAUUGCCGUGUUACUCAUGUAUGAGCUUGGUCACCUCAUCCGCAAACCCAGCCGCGAGGUCUGCGUCUUCCUCGCACCGACCAUACCCCUUGUCCGUCAGCAAGCAAUGGUGAUUGCAGAUUCCACAAAUUUUAAAGUUCAACGUUACUAUGGAAGUGGUAAACACUCUAGAGAUCACCAGGCAUGGGAGAAAGAGAUGGGAGAAUAUGAGGUCCUUGUAAUGACCCCUCAAAUAUUAUUGCACAAUUUGCGGCAUUGUUUCAUCAGGAUGGACUUAAUUGCACUAUUGAUAUUUGAUGAAUGUCAUCAUGCACAAGCACAAAAAAGGCAUCCAUAUGCACAAAUUAUGAAGCAGUAGCCGCCAAGGGACGCCGGUGUGGGGCGGCGACAUGUACGCGUGGUCGAGACUCGAGACGCUGCUGCUCCUGGCAUGUACGCGUGGGCCGACGCUCCUCCUCCUGGCGCAUGAGGACGCUGCUGCUCCUGACGCACGAUGAUGCUGCUGCUCUGUUCGGCUCUAGUCUCCACUGUUUGAUGAGUACCGGAGAGCGCUCUACGGCAUUCUGCGUUCUCGGCUGGGCGUACAAGGACAACUGCACGUACAUCGAGCUGCCGGAGCCGGACCUCAUGACGUCGGCGUUGCUGCCGGUGCAGCUACAGUUCUACCAUGUCUGAAUCCGAAGAUAAUUAAUCUAUGCAGAUUGAAGCUUCAAAUUCAGAUUCUAGAGAUGAGUAGAACUGUUGAAGACAUGGUAGUUUAUGCCUUCGUAUUUUAUCUAGUUGCAACUUAUCAAAUUAAUGUCUUGGAACUUAGCAACUUUGCAAUUCCUUUUGAAGUACUUUUGCUGCUCAGUAUGCUGUAUGUUUUGCUGCUCAGUACACUGAAUGUUGCAACCAGUAGACUAUAAAACUUAGCAAAUGAAUGUUGUUUUCCUUGCUAUUAUUUCUGGUUCUGAAGUCUGAACCGCCUAUUGUAUUUUUUUCCUUUGGUUAUUAGUUUAUUACAUAAAGAAUGCUACUCGAUUGUUCUAUGUUCUGAAAACCGCUAAAACAUUUAGCUGCGGUGAUAUCCGGAUAUAUCCUUUUCUGGCCUUUAAAAAAGGCCGGGGAUAAAUGCCUUAGCCCGCUAUUUUAAACACUGCUCUCGGGUUGUUCUGGGCAUCGCAUCCAACGACGGUGCCAUCACGCCGUCCAGCUCAUCGUCCAUCUGAAGCCAACCUGCCAUGUAAGUCGCUACUGACCGACCAUGAUUUCUUGUGCGCCGUGGCGACGGUCAUUGCUGACGUCGUGUGAGUGUUAUCGAACAUGUUGUAUGUAGAGGAGUAGCGCAUCCGGUGGUGCAACGAUCAGGCAUACUACCUUGUUGAUGAGCCCGAGGUGCACUUUGUCUGGCAGCCCAGCCAAGAGUCAUCGGUACUCGCCAUGUCGCGCGCGUUCGACGACUACUAUAUCAUGGACUGUGGCGUCAUCUCGACGCCGGAGGUGACGCAGAGGAGGACCGACAUCAAUGAUCAGUUCGUCAUCCUCGCCACCGUCGAGUUAGCUUUUGUGCUGGUCUGCCUUUAAUUCUCUUCACAAACACACACUUGUUUUUUUUUGUUUGAGCUAGCACGUAUGGUGGUGCGUGCCUGAUGACUGACGAUGUACGAGAGAACUUCUUCCGGCAGGCGUGGGGUGUGCUCUCCAAUGAUGAGACCAUAGAAAUCAUGACAUAUAUCGAAGUCUGCAUGAUACUGAUGGUUGCAAUAUAGUGGUGAAACAGCUAGAUUAAAAUAACAAAAUUUAUGUAUGGCCAGGAUCACAAAUGGAUUAUGAAACAUUUUCUCAUAAUAGUAUAACACACAUUUUGUAUAUAAGUUACCGUGAUAUUAUAUGUCCCCGUUGCAACGCACGAGCACUCACCUAGUUAAGAAAAGGUUACAAGGGGCUAGAAAGGACCCCGGGUACAAGCCCACCUUACGGGGGCCAGAAACUUCACACAAAAAGAUCCAUAAGGGACCACAAGAGAAGCUACCCCCAAACCGCAGACCCUAACCAGUAGGGCUAGGAGUUGCCAAAAAGGAUAAACUCUUGGCUCUUGCAGCUUGCCAUUUCUCUCUUUCUUCAUUUGCUGACUCCAAGAGAAGGGAGAGAUUGGGCGAAAUACCAUCAAACACCACUCUGUUACUAUGCUUCUAGAUCAUCCAAGCUCCCAAAACAAUGAGAGAGUGCAAGCCUUUCCUCACCAAACCACCGGAGACAACAGCUGAAGCUUUUUCCCACCAUUGCAGAAACAUAGUAUCUCCAUGCCGAGGGGCUAAAUUGUGUAGGCCAAACCUUGUGAGAGAAGAGUACCAAUAAACCUUGGAGAAGACACAUGAGACCACCAGAUGAUUAAUGGUUUCAUGUUCUUGGUCACAAAGGGGCAUCUGACUGGGUCACUCAUGCCUCUACUUGCAAGUCUAUCAGCAGUGUAGCACCUAUUCAUGGCCACCGACCAUAAAAAGAUCCUACAUUUAGGAGGGACCCAAACCUUCUAGAUCUGUCUGUAGUGGCCAAAGGGGCAAGAUCCAACAAAGAAACCCCUAUAGGCAAUCCUUGCAGAGUAAUGUCCAACGGGAGCAAAAGAAAAAAUUGUGCUUGUCCUUAAUGUUAGGAUGCAAUUCCACCCCUACGAGAGAAUUCCAUAAGAGAAUAUAAUCAGUCAGAACUCCCAAGGUCAAGGCUCCCCCUGAUGUAUGCAAUCCAUCUUCUAUUCAGUAAGGCUUCCUGCAUUGUUCUUUUGCCAGCUAUUCUUUCUGGGUUUGUACUGAGCAAUCUUGGAGCUAUAUCAGCAAUUCUCCUUCCAUUGAUCCAUUUGUCUGUCCAGAAUAGAAUAUUGGCACCAUUGCCAACCUCUGAAAUAAGCACAACAGAAAAGAAAGCUCUGACCUUACCGAGGGGCUAAACUGUGUAGGCCCCAUCCAUACACUGCGACACUGUAGCCCACGUGAGAAACGACCGCGACCGGACCAGACCUUAGACCUAUGCUUUGGCGUGGGACAGACGAGAGGAUUUUUUAAGCACAGUCUGAAAUUUGCUCCCACGGGGAGUCGAACUCAGGACUCGAUGAAUGUUACUCAGACCACCUAACUAACCUAACCAACUCAGUUAGAGGCCCUUUCGCUACACAUCUGAUAAUUAUUUCAGUCUAUUCCAACAUUGGUACAUCAAAUUUACUGUGUAUCUAGACAUAACACUUCUUAUUUUCUCAACCAACCUAGGAGGAACGAGGUAAAUUUUCAUAACCAUACACUUCUCAUUUUCUCAACCAACGUAGGAGGAACUAGGUUGCACUGUUAAUAAAAUGAAUAUAGGCACCUGAAUUCAAGUUGAAGAAGACCGGAAACCCUAGGCUUGGGGGUGCUUAGCUACACCUCUCAUCAACUGAGCUACAGUAUGCUAUAGCCGUUUACUUUGUUAUGGAUGGUAGAUGCACCAGAUAUAAAUUGUUACCAUAUUUCUGGCGCAUCAUUUUUUAUGGCUUUUGCUGUUCUUAUAGAAAUAUGUCACUGUAUUCUUCAUGAUGCAUGGUAUUGUUGCAUUCAGCCACAACCUGGUGAUGAUCCAACACUACUUGUUUCCUUCUCCUCUUAACAUUUUUAAUUGGAUACAUGACAAGAACUCAUGUAGUUACGAGGGUUUGAUCAGGUAGUUAGAACGACAAAUUGAUGAAAUUUUAUUGCUUUGAAUCAAUUGGAACAUAUGAGGAAGUUGUACAAUCUCUUAAAUAUUACUUUUUAGAAAGUUACAUGAACUACAAACUUUUUAGUCUUAAAAUAUCUGUAACUGUAUUUCAGGAAUUCUACAAUAAUGCUGAUAAACAUCCUCGUGUUUUUGGCAUGACUGCUUCACCAAUUAUUGGAAAAGGUGGUUCUAACAAGCUUACCUACACUAAAUGUAUCAACAGUCUCGAGGAAUUACUUAAUGCAAAGGUUUGUUCAGUUGAUAAUGUAGAACUUGAAAGUGUGAUUGCUUCUCCUAAGGUUGAAGUGUACUUUUAUGGUCCAGUUGGUCACUCUAACUUGACUACAGCUUAUAUCAAAGAGCUUGGUGGCUAUAAGUUUCAGUCUGAAUGCAUGUUAAGAGAGAGUGUAUGCAAUUUCAAUGAGUCACUGAAGAAACUGAAGUCCUUAUGGAGGUUGCAUGAAAAUUUGAUUUUCUGUUUGCAAGAAGUUGGUCUCUUUGGAGCUCUCCAAGCUGCAAGGACUUUUCUCUCUUCCAGUAGUGUUAGUCUAGAUGGAAAGGGGGCUGACAUUAAUGAUUAUGCAAACAAAGCAAUGUCUCUUCUCAGCCGGGACAUCUUAGAAGGUCCGGAUGCUGAUUCAUUUGACUUAGAGACAAUAGAAGAACCUUUCUUCUCAAAAAAAUUUGCAGUUCUUAUUAACGUUCUAUCGAGAUACAGGUUGGAGGAAAACAUGAAGUGCAUUGUUUUUGUGAAAAGAAUCAUUGUCGCAAGAGUAGUAGUUCAAAUUCUCCAAAAUCUGAAGUGCCUUGAUUUUUGGAGAUGUGAGUUUCUUGUGGGAUGCCACUCGGGGUUAAGGAAUAUGUCAAGGGAUAAGAUGAGUUCUAUCAUUGAAAAGUUCUCUUCGGGUGAGGUAAACCUUUUGGUUGCUACUAGUGUAGGUGAGGAGGGACUUGAUAUUCAGACUUGCUGCCUUGUUGUGCGGUUUGAUCUCCCUGAAACUGUUAAUAGCUUUAUCCAAUCAAGGGGGCGUGCCCGGAUGAGUAAAUCGAAAUAUGUUUUUCUCUUGGAGAGGGGAAAUCAUUCUCAGGAGAAGUUACUUGAUGAUUAUAUUACUGGUGAAAUCAUUAUGGAUAAAGAGAUUAACUUGAGAACAUCAAAUGAUAUGUUCAAUUGCCUUGAGGAGAACAUCUAUCGAGUCAAUGAUACUGGUGCUUCCAUUAGCACUGCUUGCAGUGUAUCUCUAUUACAUCGCUACUGUGAUAACCUUCCUAGAGAUAUUUUUUUUGUUCCUUCCCCAUCAUUCUUCUUUGUUGAUGACGUCGAUGGAAUAGUAUGCAAAUUAAUUCUUCCACCAAAUGCUGCUUUCCGUCAAGUGAAUGGUCAACCCUGUCCAUCGAAAGAUGAAGCUAAGAGAGAUGCAUGCUUGAAAGCAUGCAUCAAACUUCAUGAACUCGGUGCUUUGACAGAUUUUCUUCUACCUGGCCAAGGCUCUAGAAAGAUUAAGGUAUCAACAACAAAUAAUUCAGAAAGCAACAAAGACGAUGAUGAAAGUUUUAGGGAAGAGCUUUAUGAGAUGUUAAUCCCUGCAGUUCUGAGACCUUCAAGAUGCAAACUAGACUCCUCGUUUAAGUUGCAUUUCUAUUACAUAGAAUUUAUUCCCAUACCAGCAGAUAGACGAUAUCAGAUGUUUGGUCUUUUUGUGAUCAAUCGCCUUCCAGAGGAAUCUGAAAAGUUGGAUGUUGAAUUGCAUCUUGCUCGUGCGAGGAUUGUGAAAGCAGGAAUUAAAUAUUUGGGAAAGAUUGAGUUUAACAAAGAAGAGAUGAUACUCGCACACAAUUUUCAAGAAAUGUUUUUGAAAGUUCUCCUGGAUAGAUCUGAGUUCACACCAUCUUAUAUUUUGUUGGGGAAUGAUGGUGCAUUGGACAUGGAUUCAACAUUUUACCUUUUACUUCCCAUCAAGCAGAAAUUCUAUGGUGAUAAUAUGAUUGAUUGGCCAGCAGUAAAGCGGUGUUUAUCAUCACCUGCAUUUCAAGAUCCAAUGGGUUUGUCUCUGCAUGAUUCAUAUUUACCAAAUGAGUCUUUGAAGCUUCUUGGUGGAACAUACAACAAAGCUGAUGUGAUUGGCAGUUUGGUCUAUACUCCCCACACCGACCUGUUUUUCUUCGUUGAUGCCAUUCUGGAUGGAACAAAUGCUAAAAGUGAGUUGAACGGUGCAACGUAUGCAGAACAUUUUAAACAAAGGUUACAUAUCAAGCUUUCCCAUCCUGAGCAGCCGCUUUUGAAAGCUAAGCAACUCUUCUGUCUGCGUAAUCUGCUUCAUAACCGACAACUAGAGAGCACAGAAUCUGAGGCUCGUGAAUUGAUGGAGCACUUUGUGGAGUUACCUCCAGAGCUAUGCUCUUUGAAGAUAAUUGGGUUCUCAAAAGAUAUGGGCAGUUCUUUGUCCUUGCUACCAUCUCUAAUGUAUCGCUUGGAGAAUUUGUUGGUGGCUAUUGAGUUGAAGGAUGUCAUGUCAUCUUAUUUCCCAGAGGCUUCUCAAAUUAGUGCCUCGGGUAUCCUUGAAUCAUUGACUACUGAAAGGUGUUUAGAGAGGAUCUCUUUGGAGCGAUUAGAAGUCCUAGGUGAUGCUUUCUUGAAGUAUGUAGUUGGGCGUCAUAACUUUAUUUCAUAUGAGGGACUUGAUGAAGGUCAGUUGACCAGGAGACGUUCUGAUAUAGUGAGUAAUUCGAAUUUGUAUGAGUUAUCAAUUAGAAGAAAUUUGCAGGUAUACAUACGGGAUCAACACUUUGAACCUACACAGUUCUUUGCACUGGGAAGACCAUGUAAAGUUGUUUGCAAUCCUGACAGAGAAGCGACUUUACACCCAAAGAAUAUUGACCCAGAUAGACGGGAAAACUGUAACUUGAGGUGUACAAAAUCACAUCAUUGGUUGCAUAGGAAGACAAUUGCAGAUGUUGUGGAGUCACUUCUUGGAGUUUUUAUUGUUGAGUGCGGAUUCAAAGCUGCAUUUGCAUUCCUUCAUUGGAUUGGGAUAAAAGUUGAUUUUGAAAAUUCAGCUUUCUAUAGAGUAUUAGAUGCAAGCUCCACCAAUUUGUCUCUCAUGAAUUACAUGAACAUUUCUGAGCUUGAAGAAUUGAUAGGCUACACCUUCAAGCGCAAGGGUCUUCUCCUACAAGCAUUUGUACACCCUUCAUUCAAUAAGCAUUCUGGAGGAUGCUACCAGAGGAUGGAGUUUCUUGGAGAUGCUGUUUUGGAAUAUUUGAUGACCUCAUACCUCUACUCUGCUUACCCUGAUCUCAAGCCUGGUCAACUAACAGAUCUGAAAUCAUUAGCUGUCAAUAACAAUUCAUUUGCUUAUGUCGCCGUUAAGAAAUCUAUCCAUAGGUAUCUCAUAAAGGAUUCUAACUAUCUUACGACAGCGGUAAAUAAAUUCGCGAAUUAUGUUAACCUUUCCAGUUCAGAGAAAGACUUGUUAGAAGAACCAACAUGUCCAAAGGUUCUUGGUGAUAUUGUUGAAUCUUGUGUUGGUGCUGUGCUUUUAGAUUCUGGCUUCAACCUGAACCAUGUUUGGAAGCUAAUGCUAAUGCUUCUUAAACCAAUAUUGAGCUUUUGUGGCAUGCACAUCGAUCCUAUGAGAGAACUCCGAGAAACUUGUCAAUAUAAUGGUUUUGACUUGGGACUUCCCGAACCUACGAAGUACAAUGGAGAGUUCCAUGUCAAAGUAGAAGUUAACAUAAACGGCAAGAUGAUAAGCUGUACUGCAGCAAACCGGAAUUCAAAAGAUGCUAGAAAAGUAGCUGCACAAGAAACACUUUCGAAACUGAAGAAUUAUGGGUACAAGCAUAAAAGAAAGUCGCUGGAGGAAAUUUUGCGUUCUACCACGAAAAAAGAAUCGGAACUGAUAGGCUAUGAUGAAGAACCAAUCAAUGUUGAGGAUGACAUUGACAUGCAAAUGAAUAAUCUACUGAUAAAUGGAGAAAGAACCUCCAUUCAGAGUACAGCGGGAGAUAACAAGGUUGACAAGAAUGAUGCUAAUAGUGGAAGGAAUAAUAAGUCCAAUGUGGUCAUGCAGAAUGGUUGCCUACCUAGAGGGGCAACUGAUAAAAUAAACCAAAAAGAAUAUCAUGGUGAUAUGGUCCGCAAAACAGCAAGGUCAUUCCUUUAUGAAUUAUGUGCUGCAAACUAUUGGAAACCUCCUGAAUUUGAGUUAUGCAACGAUGAAGGACCAAGUCACCUUCGAAAGUUCACAUGUAAGGUCCUUAUUGAGAUCACGGGAACUUCGGUGAGCCUUUUGGAGUGCUAUAGUGAUCCUAAGCUACAAAAGAGAGCCGCGCAGGAGCAUGCGGCAGAGGGAGCUCUGUGGUACCUCAAGCACCUUGGAUACCUACCAAGAGAUGAAAAUCGUUUCUAGCGACAUUUUAGGUUUUGUAGCCUUCAGUCACAUAAAUAAACCUCGGAUGGGAAGAGUUCUGUUAUUGUAAGCAUGCAGUCUAUUCAGAGGUAUAUAGCAUCCUGGAAUCUCAAUCCAACAGUCAACAGUGCAAAAAAAUCAUAAAAGAUGCAAAAAUGAUGACGUGCUUCUCAUCAGGCUGACAUCGGAGGACAUCUGCAUUGUACAACAUCCAAAUUGUAUGGGAAGAUUUUCGUCGGUAUGGGUACAUAUUUGGGAGAAAAUCUUCUCAUUAGCUAUGGUGGGUAUGUGUAUGGGAAUGCAGAAUUCGAACCUGAUUAUAACUAGCAAAAUUAGUUGUGUAACCCAAUAGAUAAUAAACCCAAUAACUAACCCACUUGUCCUAACCCUUUUAAGCAUCCAUCUACCCAACUUAGACGAUCAACCACCCGUUGUCCCAUCCACUAGUUCACGUGUCAUUUAUUUUUGUUGUUUUAUAUAGUUAAACAAUUUUUUUCUUGUUAAAUAUCAGUAUAUUUGUGUUAUGUUGUUGACUGUGAA